ACUUGGUGUGGAUGUUUUCUGUCUCUCCUGUAGUACAUGUUUUCUACACUAGUUGUGCGUACUUUCUGCAUAGACUCUGCAAUGGCGUUCUGUGGCGCGUAUACUGUCUUCUCAAACGGGACAACUGUUUGCGCGUACACUUAGCCAAUAAAUUGUGACUGCAUUCUGUGUCAAGCGACGCAGUCUCUCAAUAAUCGGGUACUUGUCGUGGACACGUGAUCGCCUCGGUCGUGGUUCCCUUUUGUUUUCCGCGCGGAUGAGAGAUGAAAAGAUAGCACAAUUAUGUUAAGAAAAAGACGCAAGGAGUCCUCCCCGAGCCUCUCGCGCCAUACUCCGUGCAAAAGAGCCCGGGAUUCACCGACCCAGUGCAGUCAGUUGGAAAGCACUGGCAUAGGAACAAUUGAGUCUAUCAGCCUCAAGAACUUCAUGUGUCACUCGAAACUGGACUUCAAGUUUGCAGAGCGGGUCAACUUUAUCGUUGGCAGGAACGGAAGUGGCAAAAGUGCAAUCUUGACUUCGCUUAUUGUGGGCCUUGGUGGAAAAGCAACCACAGCCUGUCGAGGAACAAAUGUGAAAACUCUCGUUGAGACUGGUAAAAGGGCUGCUGAAAUAACGGUGCAGUUGAGCAACAAGGGACCCGAUGCAUAUCGGCCAAACAUCUACGGUCCCUCGAUCAUUGUGCAGCGUCGCGUCAAUCAUGCGGGAGCCUCCAACUACAAGAUAAAAGCGGCAGACGGCACCCUUGUUUCCUCAAAGCGUGAAGAACUAACUUCUGUUUUGGACCACUUCAACGUGCAGAUAGACAAUCCUGUGAUGAUCCUGAAUCAGGAGACCAGCAGGAGUUUCCUGCAGAGCAAGAGUCCACGUGACAAGUAUUGUUUUUUCAUGAAAGCAACGCAGCUUGAGAAGCUGAAGAUGGAUUAUCGCAAGAUUGAAGAAGAGUGCACUGGGACGGAGCUUGAAGUGGGCCGAAAAGAGAAGCUGCUUCCAGAUGUGGAGUGUGAAAUGAAACGUUACGAGAAGCAGUGGCGCCACCUGCAAAGUAUGGACGACCAGCAGCACAAACUGGAACGUUUGCAGAUGGAAGUACUCUGGGCCAAAGUGGCGCAAGAGGAACAGGUUUUUCAGGAGAAAGAGAAUGUCUGCCGUAGAGAGAUCCACAGCAUGGAAAAGUUAAAAGAAAAGGUCCAUAAGUUGGAGAACAGAGUAAAGUCCCGAUCUGAGGAACAGCAGACAUUGCAGCAAGAGUUGAAUGACGUCAUGAAACGGAUACAAGAAACCCAACCUGAGAUUUCAUCCUGUCGAAAACAGUGCUUGGCUUCGAGGGAAAAACUAAAGGAGUGUGAGGCUGGGACUCAGAGAAUUGAACGUGAGAUUCAUCAGAAGAAGAAAGAGAGCACCAUCCUCAAGGACAGAAUUGAUGAACUGCGAUCCGUGGAUCGAAACCGAACUGCCCGCGAGAGGGACCGCCGAGAGAAGCAGCUGAGCCAAAUGGAAGAACGUCUAGGGGCGUUGCGCUCAGAGAUGCACUCUGCGGAACACCUCCUAGAAAAAGUGAAAGGGAACGAGAGCGCAGGCUCUCAGAAGCUUCACAUGAUACGAAGCGAGCAGUGUGAGCUGAAAGAGCGCAAGACUGCUCUUGUGGCCACCAUCCGCAACCUUCAGGCCAGCAAGAGCAACCACCUGCAGAGGUAUGGGGCCAGCAUGCCGAAGCUUCUGCAAGCUAUUGAAACUGCCAUUCGGGCCAGAAAGUUCAGAAAACCCCCCAAAGGGCCAUUGGGAUCUCUGUUGAAGCUGAAGGACUCUCAGUGGGACCUGGCAACCGAAUCGUGUCUGCGUAACGUCCUCCGUGCUUUUCUUUGUGACAACGACCAGGACUCUCGGAUGUUGCGCAUGAUUAUGGGGCAGGUGAUGGGAAACGAGCGGAAGCCUCCCAUCAUUGUUAGUUCUUACAUGGGAAAGGUUUACGACUAUCGGCGCGAGGCAGUCCAUUCUAAAAGGUACAUAAGUGUACUGGAAAACCUAGAUAUUGAGGAUCCAGAUGUGAUUAACUGCCUCAUUGACCAGCGCUCAAUAGAAAAGAUAGCGCUGAUACCUACCAAUCAUGAAGCACGGAAGGCCCUAAUGCACAUUGAAACUGUGCCGAAAAACUGUUGGGAAGCCUUCACCACACAGGGAGACCAGUUGUACCCGGCACCAAGUUUCAGAUACUACUCGGCCACAAAGAAUCGUGCCGAGCUCCUCAAAGUGGGCGUUGAUGAUCAAAUUAGGGAAAAGUCUGUAGAGCUUGCAGAAAUUGAGAAGCGAUCAAACGAGCUGGAAUCAAUGUUCAAGACUGACCAGGAAAGCCUCAUGCAACAUCGUAAGGAGGCCUGUUCAUUAGCCAAGCAAUUGGAGAAACUACGACAGGAGGACGUGGACUUGCGAUCUCGUGCCGUAGAGCUUCGAAGGGUUGAGGAUCCUGAACCGACCAACAUUGCCACCUUAGAGGACGCCCUUAUCGAGUUGGACGGCGAAGUUCAAAUCUUGGAGUCCCGGAAAAAUGGUGCCCGAAAAAAUAUUUCGGAGAUCCGGGCCACAUAUAAAGCAGCCACCGAAGAACUGCGCAAGAAAGAAGAUGCGAGGAGAGUUUUACUGGAAAACGCUGACACAGCAAAGGAGAAGCUGAUCCAGACAGACUCUGAGGUGCAGAAGGCCAAGAGCAUCAACAUAUUGCACAGGGAGCAGAUAGCAAAGGCGGAGAAACGAUGUGCAGACGUCGAGCUAGAGAUGAAAGCCAUCAAGAAGAAAAUCCAAAAAUUAAUUCGCGAAGCGUCCGCAGUGGUUCCAGACAGGAUUUCAACACGGAGAAGCGUUGCGGCUAUAAUGAAUGAAAUUGAGGCUGUUAAAGAACAGUUGGAAGAAGAAGCAUCGAGAAUAGGAACCAGAGAAACAGUGGAGAGCCGCUACACAGAGGCCAAAGCAAAGUACGAUGAAAUGAAAGGCAACGUUGGAAAGCUCAGAGAAUUUAUCAAAAAGCUGCACGAGACAAUGAAAGAACGGCGUGAGAAAUACUGCGUCCUCUGCGAGCAGACUGUGCUCAGGUUGAGACUCAUCUUCUCUUCUACGCUGCUGCAACAGAAUUUUACGGGACGUUUGGAGUUUGACCACUCAAAGCAGCUGCUGCACAUUCAGGUGAAGCCCAAUGAGGAGAACAGCCAACUGCAGCAGGACCUCAAGGCGUUGUCUGGUGGUGAACGGUCAUUCUCCACUGUAUGCUUUGUACUAGCCCUAUGGGAAACUAUGGAAUGCCCUUUUAGAGUCAUGGAUGAGUUUGAUAUAUUUAUGGACAUGGGCAAACGACGUGUCAGCCUGGAGAUGAUCCUGGAAAUGACGAGGCGCAAAUCGCGCAGCCAGUUUGUUUUCCUGACACCCAUCGAACUGCCCUCCAUUUCAGCAUUCAACAAUGUCAACAUCAUGAUGAUGCCCGAACCCCACAGAUCAAACGGACAGCUUCCGCAAGCUGACCAAGAUAGUUGAAAGCCAAAGGAUUAUUACUCCCUAUGUAUAAUAUGCUGGAAAGUCAUUUCAUCAGCCACUCUUUGGAAACAAAGGGAACUACCAAAGACACAUCAGUAAUGCACCGUUUCAUUACAUACCAAUUUUGCAGAAAUGUGAUUCCAUUGCAAUUUUCAAUAACUCGUAAUGUAAGAGCUUUAGAAUACAGAUGACUCGUUUUUCUGUUACUUAUUAAAUUUGCUCACGUUUUAUUGAGGACA